AUGAGCAACAACGAAAUUGUAUUUGUCACUGGUAACGCCAACAAACUAAAAGAAGUCCAGUCAAUUUUGGCCCAAGAUGCCAACAGCAAUAAUAAGACUAUUCAUCUAAUCAAUGAAGCACUAGACCUUGAGGAAUUGCAGGAUAUAGACCUGAAUGCUAUUGCAUUGGCCAAGGGUAAGCAAGCUGUUUCGGCCUUGGGUAAAGGUAAACCGGUUUUUGUAGAAGACACUGCGUUGAGAUUUGACGAAUUUAAUGGCUUGCCAGGUGCUUAUAUCAAGUGGUUUCUGAAGAGUAUGGGACUGGAUAAGAUUGUGAAAAUGCUGGAACCAUUUGAAAACAAGAAUGCCGAAGCCGUGACCACUAUUUGCUUUGCUGAUUCCAAAGGCGAAUAUCAUUUCUUUCAAGGCAUUACAAAAGGUAAGAUUGUCUCGAGUCGUGGUCCAACUACAUUCGGCUGGGACUCAAUCUUUGAACCUCUAGAAAGUCAUGGUUUAACGUAUGCGGAAAUGAGCAAAGAUGCCAAAAAUGCUAUCUCUCAUCGAGGUAAGGCCUUUGCUCAGUUCAAAGAAUACUUGUAUCAGAAUGAGUUUUAA